GAAGCCAGUUGUCAAAAACUGAUUACGGAAAUACAAUAAUUUUGUAUUUUUUCUUUAUAAUUUUAAUGUUAACAGUAUUCUUAUAACACGAUAUAAUUGAAUAAAAUAAGUCGUGGUGAAUUGACUCACCAGAAAGAAACCAAGAAUUUUUGAAGAGUUCAUUAUCACAGAUCGCUGUAAAUACUACGAUUAAAAAAAUGGAUUAUCAGAAAAUACUAGGCUGUGGAUUAAUUCUACUAGCGUUCGUUGGACAUUCCAUAGUGGUCCACAGUGUAGAAUUAACCUUCGAACUUUCUGAUAAUGCACGUGAAUGCUUCUACGAAGAAAUAAAAAAAAAUCAGACAGCGACGUUAGAAUUUCAGGUUGUAACAGGUGGACAAUACGAUGUUGAUGUUUCAUUGGAGAGCCCUACAAAAGAGAUCCUAUACCGACAAGUGAAAACUCAAUUCGAUUCGCAUCAAUUCACUGCACAGGUAACUGGCAUCUACGCAGCGUGUUUCAGCAAUGAAUUUUCAACUUUCUCACACAAACUCAUUUACAUGGACUUCCAAGUUGGAGACGAGCAGGCUCUUCCGGGAAUCGACGAGCAUGCUACUGUUUUGACACAGCUUGAAACAUCAUCACAGGAAAUACAUAAAAGUUUGAAUGCAAUUCUAGACUACCAGACACACCAUCGCCUACGAGAAGCACAAGGUCGAAAACGCGCAGAAGAUCUUAAUGAGCGAGUUCUUUGGUGGUCUUUAACAGAAACGGUGGCUAUCCUUGUUAUAGCUGUUGGACAGGUCAUUGUAUUACGAAAUUUCUUUUCGGAAAAAAAACCUAGUCAAAUGAGUUAUCAGCAGUUCAAAUAAAUUGAAUGAUUCAGCUAUCAGCAAAACACAUCUAGAUGAUAAUAAAUUCAUUAUCCUAGAAUCUGUUUAGGGUUGCCA